CCCUGUAAUCUGCGGCGGCUCCCGGGACAUUCAUGUGGUGUGGCGGCUGCCGGGACCCUUCCUGCAUUACAUCGUCACAGUCCGUCCGCGGCAGCCAGGCUUCCCAGGUAAGAAGAGAAGCUAGGAGCGGAGAGAGUGGCUGCUUGGGUCGUUGUCAUGGCAGCUGUCAUUAAUGUCCCCAGAGCCCUUAUCGCCUAAUGGUGAGGGUGUGCGCUUGUGGAAAUGACUGUGGGAGAACAGCCUACUUUUUCCAAAAACAUGAGCAAGCAGGAUGAGUCGGAUUCUGAUGGGGUUCCAGAGUAUGAAGAUGAUUUUGAGAAGGACCUUGACUGGUUAAUAAAUGGAGAAGCUGAAAAGUCUGAAAGUUCACAGAGUCAAGAGGAAGAGCUCAGUGAUUUGAAACUUGACUCGAGGCACUCAGUCAGAGAGGAAAAUAAAAGCGACAAGUCUUCAAGCAGCGAAAAUGAAAUUGUUCAUGUUGAGCCAAAUACAGUUAGUGAGCUUGCACAUGACUCUAUGUCUGAAUAUGAAGAAUCUGACAUAGAAGAUGAAGAAGCAAAGCGAUAUAUUACAGAGAAGAUAGAAGAAGCCAACAAGAAAUUGGAAAUGGAAACAGUAGAUGAAAAUCGAGAGAGGAAGCUCAAAUUCAAGGAAAAUUUGGUUGAUCUAGAAGUUCCUCCACUAGACUUCCCCAGCAGUGAUAGAACUGAAAGUUUCACAGAAGAUGAUGUUGUAGAUGGCAUGUCUCAGUUGCAAGUAGAUGAAGAUUCAGCAGAUGGCAAAGAACAUAAUGAUAAAAAUGGCGGCACUGGUGAAGAACCUAAGGAUGCAAAAGUAUUGGUUGAGAAAGAUGGAAAGUUUGAACUUGUCAAUUUACGAGACAUUGAAAACCAAUGUUCUUUGCCUACUAUAAAUAACACUAAAGACAGCUCCAAAUUAUCAUCUCAUUCAGAUAAAUUUGUUUCUUUAGCUAAUGGCGAUAAGAAAUAUUCAACUAUCAAUAACGUGAAUGGCUUCUUCCCGCAACCUCCUACUGGCCCUAAAGUCAGACCCAACUCUGCUAACCUAACAAAAUCUAUGCAUAAAGUAAAGCCACAGCGGAGAGUGCAGUCCGCAAGUGUGUCAACCAGAAACACCACAUUCAGCCUCUCUCCUGAGCAAAAGGAGCUACAAAAACGGAUUCUCGAGAGAAAGGAGAGACUUAGGAGGGAGGAUGAAGAGCGCAGAAAAGAACAAGAUGAACUAAAAAGGAGAGAAAAUGAGAUGGCCUUUAAAAUGUGGCUACAAAGGAAAAGGUCACAACUUAUCGAAGAAAAGAGAAUCCAGCAGGCAAAGGAGAUGGAGACAAGCAGCACGCCAGAUGAAGAGAAAGAUGCAGAGCAAGCUUAUGCUCUUUGGCUAAAAAGAAAACAUAAUGAAAAAAUAAAAGAUAAACAGAUGGAAGAACUACAAAAACAAGAGUAUGAAGCAUUUCUCCUGGAUAGAAAAGACCGGGAAGGGGCAUUUUCACAGUGGCUAAGACAAAAACGAAUCCAGAAACGCGCUGAACAGCAAGCUGCAAAGGAAAGGUCCAGAACACUUUUACUAGAAGCCAGAAGAAGCAAGCAGAUCCAUAAUUUGCUCUACAACAUAUCUGACUCGAAACCUUUCUGCUACAUGGACCGCUAGACUGUGAUCUCGUCAAACACUUUGGUCUGCACUGCGCUAAGCAGCCAGCUGUAAUAAUGAAUUAAAUGAAAAGCUCUAUUUUUUCUAUUGUUCAGUUUAUAUUUUUCUGGCUUAAGACGAUGAGAUAUUUGGGACAAAAACUGGUAAAAAUGGCAAUACCUGGCUACUUUCACACUGGCAUUUUGGCUUUCCGUUUGUGAGAUCUGUUUCAGGGCUCUCACAAGCGGUCCAAAACGGAUCAG